CUCCCCAGAAGGACACUUCCCUUUGACGCCUCAGCUCAUCUGAAUCUACCGGACGAGUCAAACCAUUACGAGUUGUAGACAAAAAUGGAUACUUUGUUUUUCCUUAUAUUUAUACUUUUUCGAUGUACUUCGUCAAACAGUUUCCUUAUUGUGCACACCCCAAAGAAACUGUGCCUGUCUACCCACAAAUCGACCGUUAUCCUUGGAAAAUGCAAUGUCGCCAGUCCCUAUCAACAAUGGGAAUGGACGAACGAUAUGAAGUUGCAUCACACGCAGUCGUCGAAGUGUCUCUGGGCCAACACGAGCAGUGCGAUACCUCUGCACGCUCGCCUGGCCUCAAUCAUCAACUGUGACAGCGCACAUGCCUGGAAAUGUUACGACAAACAGGGGACUUUCGGCUUAGCGGAGGAGCCCAUGUACCUGAAGAAACAAGGUACACGCGUUGUGAUUAGAGGAGAUCCGAGGUAUUCCAACUGGACAAAGCACGAAGAAGUCGACUCUGGAGGAGGACAGGUGAUGACACAUUUAUGCUCGCGUAAAGGGUCCACCACCAUCUCAACCACCAGAAUGUAUUCAUCCACGCACAAACCGGUGGCAUACACCAGCACUGUCCACGCCAUCCGAACGGCCCCUGUAACAGCCAUAAACACUCACUCUUCAUCAAACGCUAUGAGCACCCAUAGGAGGACCACCCGUCAGAUCUCUACGUUAAGAGUUCCCAUCACAACGCCCAACAAUGCGGUGACCUAUGAGUCUAUGGUGGCAACGCACACUUAUGACCUCGUCAAGACUCAGACGAUGGGUAUCAUUCCCGGGUCCGUCUCAACGGUCAUCACGGCAUCUGAGACAGCUCUCAACGACAGCCAUGAUUUUAUCUGGUCCAGUCCUGCUUUGUCCACAACUGACUCUGCCAUGGACGAAACGGUGAACGCUGCCACCGAAAAUGCCCUCCUCGACUCGAGGAACGGAGCCAAGAUUCCAUCAGUAAACCGAGCAACUUCCAGUUCCACACCCCCUAAUGUAGAUGAGCUGGUGUCAACUGCCUCUACCACUACUGUGGUUUCCUCUACAAUUUCCUCAGUGCCCAACUCAAGUGCUAUGACUGAUUCACCAUCCACUUCUGCAUCCGUAGUCGUUACCUCUGAUGCUAAAGUCCCAACUUCUGUUGCUUUAACUACCCCUACCCCUGAUUCCAUCUCUAAUUCUUCUGCUACCACCACACCUACCGAUACCACAACAUUGUCCACAACUAGGAAAGUACCCCCCAGAAAGACUGUCGUUCCAUCUACAACCAAAACCACAACAAUGCAGAUUACAACAACCGCUGCCCCUCCUACUCCUACUACUUCUGCUGUCGGCCAAACCACUAUGACUACAUCAAAUCCCAUUAUAAAAGUAGCCUCACCCACAACCGCCAUAGCCUCACCCACAAUAACUUCCACUCUGCCCACAACCUCCUCAGCUCCACCAACAACAUCUUCAACUUUGCCCAUAAUCUCUUCAACUUCACCCACAACCCCUCCAAUAACAUCUACAAAUGCCCCACCCAUGACCACUACAAUGCCUCCCACAACUACAACAAACCUGCCCACAACUACCAAGACUUUGGCCACAACUACCGUAACCACAACUACUGCAACCACAUCCACAACUACCGCAACCACACCCACAACUACCGCAACCACACCCACAACUCCAGCAACCACACCAACCACACACACAACUACCACACCCACAACUACUACAACCACACCCACAACUACCACACCCACAACUACUACAACCACACCCACAACUACCGUAACCACAACUACUGCAACCACACACACAACUACUGCAACCACACCCACAACUACUACACACCCACAACUACUACAACCACACCCACAACUACUACAACUACACCCCUAA